UUAAUUGACUUUGCGCUAAAAUCGCGUGCGGACGUUCAGAAAACGCGGCGAAUCGUGAAACGUAAAACGGAAAAGUUUUCUAUCUAACUCAAGUCGGUUACAAUUCGCAACGCGCUGCUGCGUCCUGCCCAAAAGGAAGGCACCCAAACUCACACACACACACACAUAGUCGAGAUGGCUCUGGUACCAGCAUCGAACAACAGUACGGAUUGGGAUUAUUGGGAUUAUCGGCGUCGCUUGUGGCGUGAUUGGGAUCUGGCCGCCGACUGGGACUUGCCCUACUGGAAGCGUUUGUCGCGCGUCGGCUCGGCGCCCGAUCUGAGUCGCGUUGUCGUUGGCAAGGAUGGAUUCGAGGCCAAUGUGGAUGUGCAUCAGUUUAAGCCAUACGAGAUAACCGUGAAGACGACCGGCGACACCGUCGUCGUGGAGGCCAAGCACGAGAAGCGCCGCGAUGGCGACAGCUUCGUGGGUCGUCACAUUGUCAAGCGAUUCGUGCUGCCGCGCGGAUACUAUCCCAACGAUGUGCGCUCCGAGCUCUCCUCCGAUGGGAUACUCACCGUGCGCUGUCCUCCCUAUCUGAGCAACGAGCGCAGCGUCUACGUGCGCCAAGUGGGGCCGUCGUACCUGAGCAUUAAGAACUAACACACAGACACACUAACACUCACACACACACACACACACUCACACACAAUCAGAUAGACAGAGAGGAUGUUGUUUUGUUGUUGUUUGUUUUCUGUUGGCGGCACUGCCUUGCGCAAAGCUUUCCAAAAAUGGCACACGAAACGAGAAUUUGUUUACAAAAUUAAUUUAAUUAAUUUAAGAUAUAUUUCGCACAAGCGCUUAACUGAAUGGAAGACAAAUCUGAUUGGACUCUUUUUUUAUUGUAAUUAACCAAAACCGAUUUUAUAGUUCAAUAA